AUGAAAAAAGAAGUCUUCAUGGCGAACAGCAAAGAUGAUGCGAUCUUGCUCGGAGAUAUUGAUCAUCAACGAUCAUUUUUACAUAAAAAAGUUAAUUUAACAGUACCUAUAUGUACUCUAUUAAUCGUGGUUUUUCUUUCGUCGGCAUUCUUUGUUUCAAUUGUAUCAUUGUACUGGGCUCAGGAUAUUAAAUGUUAUGUCGACAGUAGUGAAUUGAUCAAACCAGAUGAACCUAAGCCAAGACAAGUCUAUUAUUCUCGACCGAAACGUAGCGUAGCAUCAAGAAAAGCUAAUGUACCAUGUUUCGAGUUUGGUUGCUGUACCACACCGCUUGAUCCUAGCAAACCGUGGAGCCAGAGUCGAUUACCAAAGAAUGUUUAUCCUAAUGAAUAUCAAUUGACAUUAGACUUAUUUGAAUUAAAUGAAGGACAAGACAAAUACAGUGGUACUGUGGAUAUUGUUCUGGAAGUUCGUUCACCCACAUAUGAUAUAAUUCUUCAUGGUGAAAUCCUCAUAUCAGAUGUUAUUGUUACUAAACGUGCAUCUCCAGAUAAUAUUCCAUUAACUGUUGAUUGUGUUCUACCGUUUCCUGAUACGCAAACGUUAACCAUACAUUUAAAAGAACAAUUACAAGUUGGUGAUUUGUAUGAUGUCCGUAUUUCAUUCUUUCGAGCAUUAAGUGUUCAUGGAACUGGCAUAUUUGAAAUUCCAUUUGCUACGGAUCCAUCUGGACUAAAUGCAUCACGUAUAAUAUUAACACAUUUUAAGCCAGUACAUGCACGUGAAGCAUUUCCAUGUUUUGAUGAACCAGAUUUUAAAGCCAAAUUUGAAUUAACUGUUCGACAUGAGAAUGAUACUACGAUUUUAAGUAAUUGGGAUGAAUCGGAAAGUUUUCCAGAUGAGAAUUACAUUCAAACGGAAUUUCAAACCGUACCAGCAAUACCAACUAGCUUAAUUGCUUUUUCAAUAUUUUAUACUGAAGAUUUUGAUAAGAAAACAGUAAUCGCAACGUAUCCAGACACUGGCCGACAGAUUCGUAUUAAUCUAUGGGCACGCAAGCAAUUUUUUACGAAUGGUAAUGGAACCUAUAUUGAUGAACCCUUAGAGAUGCUUCGUGUAAUUUUUACUGCUCUGUUAAAUAUCUUUCAAGAAAUUAAAACUACUGUUGUACCAACACAAAUAAAUGUUCUCGCCGUACCUGAAUAUCCAUCUGAUGCAGUGUCACAUUGGGGUUUCAUCAUUAUUCAUGAACUUUCUAUUCUUCAUAGUCAAAAAACAACAUCUGCAAGUGAACACCAAGAAAUUGCUUUAAUACUUGCUAAGCAAUUAGCUGAACAGUGGUGUGGAAAUUUGAUUUCAUUUCGAUGGUGGACAGAUCUAUGGCUACAAGAGGCACUUUCGAAUUAUUUGAAAUAUCAGGCAAUUAAUAUUGCUUAUCCAGAAUGGAAUAUUAAAGAUCAAUUUUACACAGGUGAACUUCUCAAAACGAUGUUCGAUGAUUCUUUGAGUGUAUCACAUCCAAUACAGAAAUCAGUUAAUAGUCGAACAGAUAUUGAUGCAUUAUUUGAUAGUAUUGAAGUAACAAAAACGACAGCAAUAUUUAAAAUGGCUGAUUACUAUAUGGAACAAACAACGGGUAUCAAAGAUAAUACGUUAGCUCAUCUUGUGUCUUUUCUUCGCGAUAAUGAAUAUGGAUUUUUUAUACCAGACGAAAUAAUUUCUACAUUUCAAAUUGGUCCAUGGAAAGGUCCAGAGUUUUUUGAUCGUUGGUUAUUACAACCAAAUUUUCCACAAAUAUUCGCUGAUUUUGUUAGAAAUGGCUCCUCUGGUAAUUAUAUUUUUCGAUUGAUACAAUAUCGACAUUUAAGCGAACACAUGUAUGAAUAUGACCUAUAUCCACCGGAGACAACUCCAUUUGAUUACGUUUGGUAUGUUCCUAUAACAUGUCGAUUUAGUAAUGAUUCAACAACAUUUUCGUACAAUCAAACAUUUUAUCUUGAUCGCUCCACUAUGAAUGUAGAUUUCGGUAAUGUUUAUUAUAAUUAUUUUUAUUGUAACACCGAUUUCGCCGGGUAUUAUAUUAUGGAUUAUACAUCUGCAAAUUGGGAAGAAUUAGCUGAAGCAUUAGAUAAUGAUAAUGCACAAAUAACCGAAAAGGAUCGAGCUAAUUUAAUCAACAAUGCAUUUUUAAGUGCUCAAACUACUGAAGAAAGUUAUAGAGUUGUUAGAUCGGUUACUCAAUUCUUCUUUCGUAGUGCCUAUUCAGGUUUACUUCCAUGGCAAGUUUUAUCAUAUCAUGCAAAUCGUAUGCUCGAUGUACUUGAAUAUGAAUCUUUAUUUGAUGUCGUUCAAAAAUAUUUUCAACUUGUUGUUCGCAAUUAUUAUAGAGACAAUGAAGUAUCGUUAUGGAAUGAUCAAGGAACAUUUUCUGAGCAUAUUCUAAAAACUAUAAUCAUUCAAUUGGCGUGUCGAACACGAUUAAAUGAGUGUAUUGAUAAAGCUACGACAGUAUGGGAUGAAGGAUAUCCUGAUUUAGCUAAUGGACUCGCAACUCAUUCAAUUGUUGCUCAUGCUCGUGAUGUAGUAUAUCAAACGAAUUUUCAAAAUUCAUAUAAUGAUAGCGAAUGGAUCACAAUUGAAGCUAGUUUUUAUAUGACUGUUGAUGUACAAGAACGUUUUCGUUUACUCAAAGGAUUGCUACAAUCACGUCAACCGUGGCAUCUGUAUCAAUUUUUAUAUGAAGAUGCAGACUACAAUAGUGACUUGAAUGUUGAUUUGUUAGAAGUGUUAAUAUUACUUGCAAAGAAUCCUGUGGGUCGUGAAUUAGCCUGGUAUUAUUAUCGAAAUAACUGGAGCAAACUUCAAGAAACAUACGAACGCACCAAUCAACGGCUAGGGCAAUUAUUGAUUGAGAUAACAGCCACAUUUGAAGAUGAAUUUCAUAAUAUUGAAUUAAAUGGUUUUCUGGCAUUAACACCAGGUGUCGACGCAAAUGUUGAUGCACGCUUUUGGGCACUUGAACGUACAAAUAUGAAUUUCUGGUGGAUAGUUGACAAUUCAGAAGACAUGGCUGAAUCAUUCGGUCUUGAUGUUAAAAACAAUUGA